AUGUCUCUUUUAAGGUUAUCAAAUCUAUUACUGCUACAUAUCAUAUCACAGAUAGAUGAUAAUAUAGAUACAAUAUGUUUAUUGUUAACUUGUAAACAGUUGUAUCGUAAUGGUAGUGUUAGAAGAUCGACGACGUUUAAAGGCAUAGAAGCGAUCACUGACAAGGGUCAGAUAUCAAAACAGUUUCAAGCGACAGCUACUCGUUUCAAACUCAACACAUUUAAAGAUAUCUUGGAGAAUAGUAUAUCUGAUCAAUAUGUUAUAUUGGAGGAAUUCAACGACUAUCCUCAAUGGAUACAACAACGUAUCACUAAAUACAGAGCUGACACGAGUAACAUUACAACUUUUUUGAUGACCUAUUACGUUCCAUCGUCACUACAGAUACUCUACAACGACGUUCCAUCAAUCGAGACACUAUUCAUCAACAACACACAUAUAGUUGUCGAUCUUGGUUCCAUUUCACUCUUGCCUCGUCUCGAACGUCUUUCGGUUCAUAGCGUAAAAGAGGUGAAGCUUGGUCAACACACAACACUCAAGUCGAUGAAACUAAAAGUUGAUACACGAUGCACUCUCUAUGACUUGGGACUCACCAGAUUCGUAUCGCUGACCGAUCUAAGUUUCAAGAAUCAGUUUGUGUCUAGUAUGGGACCAGGUCUAUUGCCAAUCAGUUUGACGUCACUCACUCUCAAAUUGAACAAGACACCUCCACGAGAUACAUUCCAUUCAUUAAAGUCGCUCGUCAAACUCAAGAUCACCUUGGAAAAUGUACCAAAGGGAGAGGUAGAGGAGGAACAACAGGCAAUCAUCGAUCUCGAACAUCUACCCAACCUCGAGACAUUCAAGCUCACUGACAACAAAUCGUACAAAAAAGGCAAAAAGUACAGCAUCGAGAUGAUUGUCCCUCCUUCCAUCAAGAUUCUUACAAUCUGGUCCGAUUGGGCACAAGUCCCAUCACAAUGUGUCAUGCCAUUGUUGGAGACGAUAGAUGUCUAUAAAGCUUCAGUCUCACUUCCUCGCGGUUUGGAAAAGCUUACCUAUUGGAGUCUUGACCCUUCAUGUCAUUUGAUGACGUUUCCAUCCAACUAUCCACCCAACCUUGAAACAAUCGACCUCCUUGAUAUCGAAUCGAACGAGCUUGUUAUUGACAAUAUACCACCACCUGUCACCAACCUAUCAAUACCCUUGAAAAGAAGUGGUAAGCUAUGGUCUGAUUAUUCAAUCACCUCCAAGUUAACCAAAGCCAUCGUCUCGCAACAACAACAAUGGCUACCACUCAAUACCACACAUCUAACAUGCAAACUAUGGGUUGUCUCCCCAAAAUUUGUUUUUAGAUUAGAUGAAGUGAUCAACCAUACCAAUGUUAGAGAUUUAUCUAUCAUUAUUGACGAUUUUUCUCACGUACCUUUCCCCACCUAUCAAUUUUCAAUUCAAAGAUUGGACAAGGACAAUAAUAAUGUAUUGGUAUUGGAGAAACUGACAAUGACAGGUGGAAUCAUCACUCAACGAAGAAUAUCAAAAAAUCAACAACAACAACAACAACAAGAUCAGCAGACACAAUAUCACCCCAUCUAUUUACAUUUUGAUCUUGGUGUUGUAACUACAACAACAAGUUAUAUUGAAUUUGGAUUGGAUGGAAAUUUAUGUGUAAAGUCUGCAACUGGAACUAUUAUUGGUUGUAUGGAUACUCAACACUAUUCAAUUAAAUGA